AUGUCGGAAGUUUCAGGUGAAAAUCAAGCAGCAACAGCUAAUACUGGUAAUGAAUCAGCUGAGAAAAAUAUAGUCAGUACAACAACACCAUCGGAACAAAUGGAAGCUCAACCAGCUGCCGAUGCAGGUGAACAACAAUCUAAUGAUAAACAAGCUGAUACAACCAAGGAAAAUAAUGUUAAUUCGCAGCAACAAUCAGGUGAAAAAACCAAACCUGAUUUAUCAACAUUACCAACACGGGCUUAUCUUGAUCAAACUGUUGUACCAAUUCUUCUUCAAGCAAUGUCUCAACUUGCUAAAGAACGACCUGCUAAACCCAUUAGUUUUCUUGCUGAAUAUUUACUUAAUCAUAAAGAAAAAUAUAAUGAAUAA